AUGAGAAAGUUAUCUACUUUGGAGUUGGAUGACAAUGACUUAACUGGAAUUAUCCCGACAACGAUAAGUUCUUUGAAAAACCUUCAACGGCUUUCACUUGGUGCAAACAGAAUAAGUGGUCCUUUCCAAAUUGUUUUAUGUGAGCUACCCAACUUGGGCAUGCUAAACCUUUCACAAAAUCAAAUGUGGGGAAAUAUUCCUAGUUGCUUAGGGGAUGUGACUUCUCUAAGGGAGAUUUAUCUUGAUUCCAAUAACUUCUCUGCUAGCAUACCUUCAAGUCUAUGGAACCUCAAAGACAUUUUAAAGCUGAACUUGUCUUCUAAUUUCUUCAAUGGUUCUCUUCCACUAGAAGUUGGAAGCCUCAAGGCUGUAACACUUUUGGAUCUUUCCAGAAACCACAUCUCAGGCAACAUUCCAAGCACAUUGGGAGGUCUACAGAAAUUGACUCAACUAUCUUUGGCUCAUAACAGAAUUGAAGGAUCUAUUCCUGACACAUUUGGGGAACUCAUAAAUUUGGAAGCGAUGGAUAUCUCAUAUAACAAAAUGUCUGGUGUGAUUCCAAAGUCAUUAGAAGAACUUAAGCAACUACGCUCCCUUAAUGUCUCAUUCAACAGGUUACACGGAGAAAUUCCGAGUGGAGGACCUUUAGUUAAUCUCACUUACCAAUCUUUCAUGUCGAAUGAAGGAUUGUGUGGUAACUCUCAAGAGCAUUUCCCAGCUUGUCCUUCUAAUUCAAAGAAUCAUUCUAAGUCAAAGAAAAGAAUAAUGAUAUGGAUUGUAGUUGCCUUUUCAGUUAUCUCUGUGAUAGUGCUAACUUCAGCAAUAGCUUUCGUGUUGAUGAGACAUCGGGGCACAACAGUCAACGCAGAAGACGAGGGGUUGGCUGAGGUAGCACCACCAAGAAUAUCUUACUAUGAACUUCAAAGAGCAACUCAGGGCUUUGAUGAAAUUAACUUGCUAGGUAGUGGAAGUUUCGGUUCUGUUUACAAAGGGACAUUGGCAGAUGGGAUGAUUGUAGCUGUUAAAGUUUUCGAUGUGCAGAUGGAAGGUACAUUUCAAACCUUUGAUAGAGAAUGUGAAAUCUUGCGGAAUCUUCGUCACAGAAAUCUCACAAAGAUCAUUAGCAGCUGUAGUAACUUGGAUUUUAAGGCAUUGAUACUUGAGUACAUGCCAAAUGAGAGCUUAGACAAGUUUCUAUAUUCUAGAGAUUUCUGUUCAAGUAUGAUGCAAAGAUUGAAUAUCAUGGUUGAUAUUGCAUCUGCUCUGGAAUAUCUCCAUCAUGGUUACUCAGUACCAGUUAUUCAUUGUGAUCUGAAGCCUAGCAACGUAUUACUUGACAACAACAUGGUGGGACACCUGACUGACUUUGGCAUUGCGAAACUUUUAACCUAA